CAGCGUGUGAGCGGGGGAGGGGCAGAGAGAGGGAGACACAGAAUCUGAAGCAGGUUCCAGGCUCCGAGCUGUCAGCACAGAAGCCAACAUGGGGCUCAAACUCACAAACCAUGAGGUCACGAACUGAGCCGAAGUCAGACACUUAACCGAUUGAGCCACCUAGGCGCCCCUAAUGGGGUGGUUUUGUUGGGGGAAGAGACUCUGGAUCUUUGGGAGAGGGGCUAUUUGUGGUUUCAUCUGUCUCCAUCCUGACAGGACAGUGUGACAUUUGAAGACGUGGCCAUGUACUUCUCUUGGGAGGAAUGGGGUCUCCUCGAUGAGGCUCAGAGAUGGCUAUUCCACAAUGUGAUGCUGGAGAACUUUGCACUUGUGACCUCCCUGGGUUGUUGGCAUGGAGCAGGGGAUGGGGAGGCACCUUCUGAGCAGAGCGCUUUUGUAGGAGCGUCGCAGGUUAGGACUCACCAGGCAAGCCCAGAUCCCCAGAAGGCACACCCCUGUGAGAUAUGUGGUCUGGUCCUGAAAGACAUUUUGGGUGUGGCUCUGCAUCAGAGAACACAUCCCCAGCUGAGACCUCGCACAUGUGGGAGACGGACCAGUUUCAUUGCAAACCUUCACCAGCACGGGAAGCAGCACAGUGUAGAGAAACCCCUGAAAAGGGCUUCACUUGUGAAGAGCUGCAGGUUCCAUGUGCCAGGGGAGUCCUUCACCUGUGGGGAGGUCAACAAGGACUUCCUCACCGGUUCAGGCGAGCACCAGCACCAGGCCAGUCGUGAUGGACAGAAAGCUCACAGUAGCACCAUGUGUGGGGAAGCUGUUCACAGUGGGAAAAGCCAUCACAGUUGGUGUGAAGACAAGAAAGCCUUCAGCCACAAAUGCUCUCUUGCUCAACACCAGAGUGUCCGUGCCCAAGAAAAGCCUUACAGAUGCAGUGAAUGUGGGAAAUCCUUCACCCGAAGGUUUAACCUCUUGCAGCAUCAGAAAGUCCACACUGGAGAAAUGCCCUAUAAAUGUAAUGAAUGUGGAAAAUUCUUCACCAAUAUCUUCGGUUUCAUUCAGCACCAAAGAACUCACACUGGGGAAAAGCCUUACAAGUGCAGCAGAUGUGGAAAAUUCUUUGGCCAAAAGUCUACCCUUACUGUACAUGAGAGAAUUCACACUGGAGAAAAGCCCUAUGGGUGCAGUGAAUGUGGGAAAUUCUUUAGACAUAGCUCCAGCCUCAUUAAACAUCAGAGAGUUCACACUGGAGUGAGGCCUUAUAAGUGUGGUGAAUGUGGAAAAUGUUUUACUGACAACUCCUGCCUCAUUAAACACCGUAGAAUUCACACUGGAGAAAGGCCUUAUGAGUGCAAGGAGUGUGGGAAACUUUUUAGCCAAAGUUUUGGACUCACUCAACACCAGAGAGUUCACACUAGAGAAAGACGUUAUGAGUGCAGGAUAUGUGGGAAAUCCUUAACCCGCAAAUCCUACCUCAUUCAACACAACAGAGUUCACGCUAGAGACGGGGCUCCCGAGUGCAGGGAACAUGGGGAAUUCUUCAGUGACACCCAGUUUGCUCAACACCAAAAAGUUCACAUCCGAGAACGGCCUCAUGAGUGCGACAAAUGCGCAAAAGGUUUCAGCCGAAGGCCUAACCUCAUUCACCACCACACAGGAAGUCUGUAUACAUGCAGCAAAUGUGGGCAAGUCUUCAGUCAGCGGCCUGCUCUGAUUGAGCACCAGAACGUUCACAGUGCAGGUGGGCUUUAUGAGUGCACUGAAUGUGAGAAAGCCUUCAGCCAGAGAUGUGACCUCAUUUGACACAAAAAAGUCCACACUGGAGAAAGACCUCAUUGAGUGCAGUGAAUGUGGAAAAGCCUUCAGCCAAAAGUCUCCCCUCAUCAGGCACCGGGAAGUUCACACAGAGCAAAGCCAUGGCCGUGUAGGGAACAGGCUGUUUACCUGUUUGAUAUAAAGACAUUGGAGGAGAGCCUUCGUGAAGGAGACAUCUUCCUGAAGUUGAACUCCUGCAUCUUAAAACACCACAGGGAAGAUUCCCUGUAUAUUCCAGGUAUGUGGGAAGCUUCCAGGAGCCACUCUUCCUAACCUGGGUGGGGCGCUUGCCGAGAUUGUGUCACUGCCAGUUUCUGUGGUGUAAGUCCUCUGAACUCUACUGUCUGAAAUGCCCAGGCUCCCGUGGUAUUUACGGAAGUAGACCUCAGAUUUCUCUGGAGAAAAUGAGCAACUUGAGCCUUUAGGGGGACAUCAUUACCUUCUCUUUAAUUUGUCACAUUCUUGACCCAGUUUUCUCCCAAAAGACCUUAUUUGUGUUCUGUUGGUGACUUGUUGGUUUGUCUUCAUGGACAUUGUUUUCAUGACACUUGUGGUGGAUUUUCCAGUCUCCAUGUCACCAACCUGUACACGGGCUCACCUUGCUAUGGUUUGUGCAGUAAAAAAGGCCUUAUUGUUCAAGCCACCUUUUGUCUUGGGGGUUGUAUUCACUAACAGGUGCUUUGAAAACAUGCAGGGCUGAACAGCUUGCGUGGGAGUCCCAAACUUUGGUGCGCCUCAGAAGAGACCGUGUAAUGGCAGAGGACGGCUCUUCAGUUCGGGCCUAGUUCACACUGUUGCCCGUGGCCUCCAAGGAAAGACUGUAGGCUUUGUACAACUGAUUGGCAGCCUGAAUGCCAAGGUCUUUUUGCAGGCCCAGAGGUCACACUGAUGAGCAGGCACUGGAGACAGUAUCCGGUGCUUCCGGGACUAGUUUCUUUGCUUAUGGUGCAUAUUCUGUGAUGACCGCAUGGUGAAGGGGAGUUUUCUUCCCCAGGUCCUUCAGAGGAGCCACGUGCCCUGAUGUCUAGAGUUUUGUAAAGUAGUGUCACUGAUCCUAAAGCUGUAGGGCCCAGGGAAUACCGUCAUUGGUGCACAGACAUCGCGUUGACAGGGAGAGGUAGAGCCUGCAGCGAACAGGUGGGCCGUGCCUCUUCUAAAAGUGUACCCACAGCUGCUGCAGUGACUGUGGCUGUGGCUCUGUAGGGUGGGCACGUACCUUCGGGCCUGUGUGUCUUGAGUAGCUGAGGUCAUUUGCAUAGAAAGUAAAGGUUUUGUGGAUUCUUGUGGCUUUCUGGGCUGUUGACCUUAGAAGACUUACUAGACAUGUAGGAGAACAAGCAUAGGGACGGGAGAUCUCACAGUCCAGUGGUAUGGCCUCUGUGACUAAGGCGGAAACAUCCUUCAUUGCUCAACAGUAUUUGCUAUUCCUGAGGUAAGGCAUUCCUCCUAAAGCGUUAGCAGAGAGUGAUGGAUGGGGCGCCUGGGUGGCUCAGUCAGUUAAGCAUCUGACACUUGAUUUCAGCUCAGGUUAUGAUCUCACAGUUCAUGAGUUUGAGCACCAUGUCGGGCUCUGCUGUAAGAGCGCAAAGCCUGCUUGGGAUUCUCUCUUUCUCUCUCUCUCUCUGCCCUUCCCCCAUGCUUGCUCGCUCUCUCAAAUAUAAACAUUAAAAAAAAAAGAGGUGAUGGAGAUAGUAGAGGGUUGACAAACCUGAUUUUUUAUAAAGGGGGAGAUCCAUACUUUAUUUUGAAUGAUUGCUUAACCAUUAAGUUAUUGCACAUGAAGUAAAUUGCACGUAUUUAAAGUGUAUAAAUUGGUAUUUUGUAUAAAUAAGUUUUUGACAAGUAUAAUCCAUGAAAUCAUCGUAAUUGUGAUAAUAAACAUAAGUCCCACACAUGUUUAACUCCUGCUUGUUAUUAAUCUCUUUCCCUGCCCUCUCUGGCUCUCUGGGCAAACCUGGAUUUACUUUCCUUUACAAUAGACUACAUUUUCUAGAAUUCUAGAUGAUUGGAAUUUUUCUGGUUUCAUAUAUGCUGCAUAAUUAGAGAUUCAAAAAAAUAGUUUGUUCUUUCACUGCUGAGUAGUAUUCUCUGGUGUGAAUCUACUGCUGUCUGACGUUCUGUUCCUCUGUUCAUUGACAUCUGGGUUUCCAGGUUUGGGCUGUUACAAAUAAAGCUGCUAUGAAAAUUCACGUAUAAGUCUUUAUACAGAUACAUGUUUCAUUUCUCUUGUGUUACUUCCUCUGAGUGCAAUGCUUGAAGCGUAGGGUAGGUAAAUAUUUAACUUUUUAAGAAAUUGCCAAACUGAUGUGAAAUGGUUAUUUCUUUUCAUAUUUCCUACCAUCAGUGUAUGAGAGUUUC